AAGGUAUGAAGCUCAUUUGUGGGACAAGAAUUGCUGGAAUGAAUCACAAAACAAGAAAGGAAGACAAGUCUAUCUUGGUGCCUAUGAUGAUGAAGAAGCUGCUGCUCAAAGACAAACAGCCUCUCUACUGGUGGUUUGAAUGGGAUGAUGUGACUAUGUAGUUUCUAACAGGCUUGUGUUAAUUAGGUUAAAUGGAAUUAAAUCACAAGCUAUCUGCAGUUUCUGUACUAAAUUGAGUGAUACUGUCUCAAGUGAAAUAGGAAAAGCAUAUGGAAAAACAACGUAUCUAGUCACGAGUCACGACAUUUAAGAUAGUUCCAAGGGGAACCGAAGGAGCUGUUAGUGUUGAGGGAACCGUUGCUGGACUUUUAGCAUCAAUUCUCCUUUCUUUCGUUGGUUAUCUGAUGGGUGAGAUAAAUGGACCCGAGGCUGUGAUUUGUGUUGUAGCUUCCUAGAUUGCUAAUCUUGGUGAAAGCGUGAUAGGUGCUUCCCUCCAAGAGAAAGAAGGAUUCUGAUGGGGUGGAAGACCACGUGUUGCAGACUUCGUUCAUGGUUCUGAUGGAUUAGGGAACAUUUCCUUACCUCCUCCAAAAUCCAAGAAAAUUAAGAAGAAGGCAUCGGAAUUUUUGGUGGAUAUGGUUUCUAAAUAUCCUGGUGAAGUAUCCAUACUUGUGCUGGGACCAUUGACAAAUUUUGCUUUAGCAAUGAAAAGGGACUCAUCCUUUGCAAGCAAGGUCAAGAGAGUAGUUAUUCUUGGUGGAUCUUUCUUUGCAUUGGGGAAUGUCAAUCCUGCUGCUGAAGCAAAUAUUCGGCGUGCCUUGCAAGUCCUACAUUGUGUUGAGGAUGGGAUUAUUGUUCAUGAACAACCUUUGUUUUAUGAGGAGCCUGAUGUGCAUGAAAAUAUGCGUCUUUCUGUAGACGAUAUGUCUUAUGAGGAGUUGUUGGCCCUGGAGGAUCAAAUUGGAAAUGUGAGCACUGGAUUGAGUGAGGAAGCUAUUUUGGCAGCUGUGAGGCGGCAUUGUUAUCUGUCAAUGAAAUUAGGACCUCCAGUGGAAGAGGAACCGUGUUGUAUUUGUCAGGAGGAUUAUGUUGAUGGAAAGGAGCUUGGUAAGCUGAAUUGUGGGCAUGAGUUUCACUUCAAUUGCAUCAAACAAUGGCUCGUGCGAAGAAUAACUGUCCCAUUUGAAAAAAGACUGCAGUGGUUGUUUGAGAGAUCAUCGGUUUCAGGGAACUCUUAUCCCAAAUCAGAGAUCAUUUGCCAAUGAGUUGUCCCUGUAAACUUCUCUUCGGUCCCUUCGCCAUCUGAACUUAUACCAUCGGCUUGCCAUUUCCUUUUGUUUGUUUCUUCUUCUUUUUUUUACUUUUCUUACCUGAGAGUUUUCAUUUCAGUCAUGUGCAAGUUCAAAUUUGAGCUAAUACGUGUUCUUUUAUAUAAAUUCUUAGUUAAUUCUUUAUCUCUCUAGUUAAAUUUUCAA